AUGAUCGACCAGGAGGCCCCCCAAUAUUGGUGUGUCCAGGAGUGGGAUCGCAAGGUGAAUAACGCCGCGACCUACCUGCCACAGGACACAGCCCUGCGCCUUGAAAAGAACAUGGCCGGGCUCUUUGCAGAUGGCCACUGGCUCCGCGAUCGGGUGGCAAGGCACUUGGUGAGCUUCUACGAGGCUUUGGGAGCAGCCGAGGAGGCCCUUACCUUUGCCAGGCGCUGCGUGGACUUCGCUGCCAAGGUGUAUCCUGGCUUCAGCGCUCUUCACGCUUGGUCCCUUGAGACACAGGGCGACCUUAUUCUCCGCGUGGCCGGCUUCGGCGUUGGCCCCGAUCACGUCGAAGCGCCAGGCUCCGUGGAUGCCUCUGUGUGCCGCGAGGUGACCGGGGUCUACAGCGAGGCUGCAGAAGCCUUGCGGGCACUUUUCGGCGCCGACCACGAGUUCUAUGUCGCCAUCCGUGACAAGCGCGAUGCCCUGCGUGAGCUCUGUACCGCCAAUGGGCGGCAGAGCCCGAAAGAUGUGACCAACCGUGCGAAGCCGGAAGAGACCUGGUGA